AUGACAAACUUAAAUACGACUCAUGUUAUACACAAGAGGCAGAUUUACUACCUUUGUGGCACUUAUCCUAGACAGUACUAUUCAUUGUAUCGUAAGUGUAAUACUGUGUUGAAGUUGGAGUAAGGUAGAGUAGAAUAGGUAAUGGUGUAGGGUAGGGAAAGAUAGGGUAGGGUGGGGCAGGAUAUGGUAGAAUAGGUUAGGAUAAGAUAGGGUAAGGUAAGAUAGGAUAGACAGAAACUUAAUGCCAUUCCACUUCAGCAUGCUACAUAAAUGGUGACAGUACAUGUUCAAAUGGUGGUCGAAAGCUUGGUGUAGGAUGUACGAUAGCCAACCAAUGUGUAGCGUAUCAUUCCGGCCCAGUAACCUGCAUUCAAGGAUGUUGUUGUACCGUCCAAUCAACACCACAUAGAGAUGAUACUGGACCUGAUGGGUUUGGUAGGUUAUUGCUAUUUCUUUUGUGUUAUAUCAACAUAAAAAACUCGCCAUUUUAAAAAAUAACCACUUUUUAAACAGACUCCUUUCCUCUAUUAACUAUGAGCUUACAGUUUGUACUAAAGCGGUAACUAUAGACUGAUAUUUAAUAUUACUAUGUAUGUUAGCUAUGUAGGUAGUAUAUACUAAUAAUUCAUGUUAAGGUAAAUGCCAAAACGGUCAAUUAAGCAAAGUCAGAUGUGCUCUCCAGGAACAUUGUCAACAAGGUCAACGUUGUCUGAAUGGACUAUGUUGUACUCAAACACAAGAUGAAUAUAAAAGUAAGUCCCUACCCCAACCUGCCUCCUCUACCCUAACGUUUACCACGCUAACCCACCCUACCCUACUCUUCGUACCCUACACUACUUACACUACCCUACCUUACCCUACUCUACGCAAAACGGAAAAAAAUUGUAUUUUAUGCUUAAACUUUCAAUUUUCAGCUGCCUGUGGCGGUGAUUUUGCUGUCGCAGAUUGUUCAACUACAAAACAGUGCAGUCAAGGUUAUGUUUGUGCUAGCAAUAACUAUUGCUGUCAAUGUGCAGUUGGCAAAAGUGUUGGACGAUGUAAUCAGGUGAGCAAUAUAGUCAACGAAUUCUAGAUACAUAAUAUGGCAAGAGAAGCGUAUUUUAAAAAUUAGUACUAGCUAGCACAGUUUUAAUAAUACUAUGUAGUAUUGUUUUAACUAACAAGUACUGUGUUAUUAAUACUAUCUAGUACUGAGAUUGGUCUCCAAAAUAAAAAAAAUCAUUUUUAGGGCCUAUGUCCACAAGGCUAUACCUGUAUGGAGAAUGGGUGGUGUUGUGCGUCUUGUCCUAACAACGUAACCCCUUAUGGGGCUUGUACAAAUAACACUUGUGGGGGUGGUCGGCAAUGCUCAACGGGAAACAUUUGUUGUUAA